AUGGAACAAAGGAACAAUGUGACUGAGUUUGUCCUCUUGGGGCUCACUCAGAGGCCCCAGGGUCAGAAGAUAUUAUUUGCUGUGUUCUUGCUCAUUUACAUUGUCACGAUGAUGGGCAAUGUACUCAUAGUCAUCACUGUGGUAGCCAGUCCGACCCUGGAUUCCCCUAUGUACUUCUUCCUUGGAAAUUUGUCAUUUCUGGAUGCUGUUUAUUCUACUAACUUCAUCCCGAGUAUGAUUAAAAGCUUUAUUUAUGAGAAGAAAACCAUUUCCUUCCAAGCUUGCAUGGCCCAGCUUUUUAUGGAGCACUUAUUUGGUGGUGCUGAGAUUUUACUCCUGGUGGUCAUGGCCUAUGACCGCUAUGUGGCCAUCUGCAAACCCUUGCAUUAUUUGACAAUAAUGAAUCAGCGAGUGUGUGUUCUGCUACUGCUCUUUGCCUGGGUUGGUGGGUUUUUGCAUGCUGUCCUUCAUCCUCUGUUUGUUUACAACCUUCCAUUCUGUGGCCCAAAUGUCAUGGACCACUUUGUGUGUGACAUGUAUCCCUUGUUAAAACUAGCCUGCACAGACACUCACAUCAUUGCCCUCACAGUGCUGGCCAAUGAUGGGGCCAUCUGCGUGGUCAUCUUCAUGCUCUUACUCAUCUCCUAUGGGGUCAUUCUAUGCUCCCUGAAGAAUCUUAGUCAGGAAGGGAGGUUCAAAGCCUUGUCCACCUGUGGCUCCCACAUCACUGUGGUGCUCCUCUUCUUUGUGCCCUGUAUUUUUAUGUAUGUGAGAACUCCUUCCACUUUACCUAUUGACAAAUUCUUGACUGUGUUUUACACUGUUGUCACCCCUAUGCUGAAUCCUCUAAUCUAUACUCUGAGAAAUGGAGAAAUGAAAAAUGCCAUGAAAAAGCUCUGGACCAGAAAAAGAAAAUGA